AUGAGUGCGACAAAGAAUGAUAACUUUAUGCAACAAACUAACUAUACCAAAGUUCCGUUGGAAGAAAAAUUUUGUCUGUUUGAGUGGUUCGAAAAUAAAUGUAGAGAUUUGUUGAAUUUCCUUAUAAAAUGGAUUAUCUUGACGAGUGUGAGAAUAUACAAUGAGUACAAGUUGGGAGGAGCGAGUCAGAAUGACCUGUUGCGGGAGCUGUUAAAUGAGGUUUUUGAAGAUUUAGAAAAGAAGAUCGAGUCAUUUAAACGUGAAAACGAAAAUUUGACAAAAAGCCUUAAUAAUCUAAAAAGAAAACUUAAUGAAUCCAAUCUUAAGGCCUCUCGUUUACAGGCCUCUCUCGGAAGUGCCUUAAAUGUCCGUUGGGGAGACGACACAUUUUACAACACUAAUAAAAUCACCAAGGAUAUUAAUCAAUUGCAACAUAUUAUCUACGAAUUCACUCAAGUAGACAGUACGGAUAAGAUAAAUAAUGAUUCAGCAAACAAAUUAUUGUCUAAAUUUAAGUGCAAAGUUGAUAAAGAUAUUAAAGAAGAAGAUUUAAGAUCGUUAUUAAGUUCUGUUCUCCAACGAGUUGCCCUCGAAAUCAUUUUCGAUGCAGAAAAGGAACUCAAAAGGUUAAAAUGUUUGGAGCGUUGUAUAUUGUACCAUACUAAUAAAUUGGUACAUCAUACUACUGAUAUUUUCAAAACAAGUAUUAUUGAUAACGUCACUAGUGUGGCUCUGACCAGAAUACGACAACAAUGUUAUGCAACUUUAGUAUCACAGGGUUUUGAAAAACCUGAUCACCCUUUUAUUAAAAGGCUCGCCGGUAAACUUCUUAGCGAAAUGGCCAAACAUCGCAAAGUUUCGGAUGCGAAAGCGAAGGAAUCAGAGGCAAUAAAUUUAAUCCGUUUCGCUAUUAAACUCCGAUUUUCUUUGAACGUAAAAGAGCCAAUACCAAUAAUUAAAUGGUACAAUCACGGUGAUUCCAUAGAAGCUCAUUUUAUGGAGGGACCAUGGGAAAAGAGAGAUGCUUAUAAUUUGAUGGUGGAACGGUGCGACUUUCCUGUAAUAUUUAACGGAGACGGUCAGAUUUUCUCCAAGGCAACCGUAGUAGUGUGCAAUGCAAAUUUUUAA